CUUGCGAGUGGCGGCGGAUGAUUGCCAUCGGAGCGCUCGCGAGCUCGGUCUGUUGGGUUUCCUCUGUCCGUAAACCGGCCUCCUUCAUCUGCCGUCCGUCCCGCCCUCAACCCUCGCUCACCUUUCCAGUAUCUUUGUUUAAAACAUCCGUCGUGGUCGAAGAAGAAGUCGGAUUGAUGAUUUGCUUUAGGCCUGGAGGUUUAAGAGCUAUAAGCGGAGACAACAAACCAGCAUGACAUUGCAGAGGUCCAUCUGUGUGCAGUAACGUCAGCCAUUCAAUAAGGGCUUCAACGUUGGCAAUCAUGUUCACUUCACAGGUCACUUUCAAAAUAAAAGGACUUACACUUCCAGGUGAAGUGUUUGCAGUAUGUGGAAGUUCACCUGCACUUGGCAAUUGGUAUCCUCAGAAAGCAGUGCUUCUGGAACCAGAUGAAAACGAUAGCCUAACGUGGAGGGCGAGUGUUUUUCUCCCUGGAGCCACCCUUGUCAAAUAUCGCUACUUCAAAUGUUACGUCCUGGAGCCCAAGAACCCUGCUGAUCUUCGGCAAGUGCUAGUCAACAAGUGGGAGACUCAUCCUCAUCCACGAUCAUUUAAUCCGUCGGAAGGAGAGUGCAUUCUGAAUGAUGGAUACUUUGGAAUCCACAAUGGCGUUGAGAAGUUAGAGUCUGGGUGGUUAACUUGCCAAAGUGAAAUUCGGUUGAGGUUGCAUUAUUCUGAGAAACCUCCAGUUUCCAUAUCUAAGAAGAAGUUCAAGAAGUCCAGGUUUAGGGUAAAGCUGACAUUGGAGGGUUUUGAAGAGGAGGAGGAAGAUGAUGACAAACUGCUGACUACCUCUACCUCUGUGCCGAAAAUGCCCAAUACUUUAGAAAUCUCCUUAAUCAGCGACAAUGGAUACAAAUCACGUCAUUCACAGCCAGAGUGUGGAUAUGCCUUAGACCCUAAUCAGUGGACAGAGUAUAGCAUUCAAACAAUGGAGCCAGAUAACCUCGAACUAAUUUUUGACUUCUUUGAGGAAGAGUUGGGUGUACCAGUAGUACAAGGUGAUGCACUUCCUGGCCUUGUUGGAACAGCCUGCCUUCUGUCCUCAACAAUUGUGGAAAAAUCCAGUGGAGUUAUCACACUUCCCAUCAUGAGUAGAACUUCUAGACAAACUAUUGGAAAAGUGAAAGUUGACUACCUUGUUAUUAAACCCUUGGAAGGCUAUAUUUGUGACAUGUCUCCUUCAUUGUCCAAGUAUUGGAAACCCAAAAUGGCUUUAGACGUUGGGCACAGAGGUGCUGGAAAUACAUCAUCUGCAAACCUUGCGAAAGUCCGGGAAAACACAAUAGCUUCCUUCAAAAAUGCAGCCAGUCACGGUGCUGCCUUUGUAGAGUUUGAUGUCCACCUUUCAAAAGACCAUGUUCCUAUUGUGUACCAUGAUCUCACCUGUUGUAUAUUAAUGAAAAAGAAGAUGGACAAAGAAUCUUCGGAACUAUUUGAAAUUCCAGUAAAGGAACUUACAUUUGAGCAGUUGCAGCUACUAAAGUUGGCUCAUGUGGCUGCUUUGAAGGUGAAUGGUGGCAAAGAAAAUUCAGUGGAUGAUGAAAAUGAUGCUUCAGAAAAUCAACCAUUUCCUUCCUUGCAACAGGUUUUGGGAUGUGUGCCUGAGCAUAUUGGAUUCAACAUUGAAAUUAAAUGGCCUUAUCAACAAAAGGAUGGUACCUGGGAGGGCAAUUUGCCAACUUAUUUGGACAUGAAUCAAGCUAUUGAUGUAAUCCUAAAAUGCAUCUUGGAAAAUGCAUCUAAGCGAAGAAUAGUGUUCUCCUCAUUUGUUGCUGAUGUCUGUUCAAUGAUCAGACAGAAGCAAAACAAGUAUCCAGUUCUUUUCUUGACCCAAGGUUAUUCUAACGUCUAUCCAGAGCUUAUGGAUCUCCGUUGCCGAAGCACACCAAUUGCGAUGAGUUUUGCGCAGUCAGAAAACAUUCUGGGAAUCAAUGUUCACACAGAGGACUUGCUAAGAAACCUGGACUAUAUCCAGCAAGCCAAGUCAAGAGAUUUGGUCAUUUUUUGUUGGGGCGAUGAUACCAAUGAGUCUGAAAACAGGAAAAUACUGAAGACGAGUGGAAUUGAUGGGCUCAUCUAUGAUAAGAUCUGUGACUUUGUACUGGGACAGACCAAUAUCUUCCAAGUAGAGGAAUUUGAGGAACUGAAACAACAAUUAACGGAGGAAGUAUUUGUCAAUUGCUCGUGUUCUGAUGUCAGCAAUUUUGAUUGUCAAUCAACUCAGGUAGACAGCUUCAAUGAGAGCAGUUAUCCAAGUGAAAUAAAAAGCUGUGAACAGGAAGCAUUCAGUGCAGAAUCUGACUCUGGACAAAGUUGUAGUUCAUUUUGAUCUGAAACAAUUCUUCGAUUCUUCCAUAUUUUAAUGCUAGAGUUCUUUUAUUCUCAGUCCAUUGUGGCAUGAACAAUAAUUUAAGUUCUUGGUUUUCAUAUUGUCUUUUUUUUUAAAAAAAAAGUUUAUUGUAUAUUCUUCAAGGGGAAAAAUAGCUUUUUAUUUUGUAAUACAUUUAAUGUGCCAUUUAAAUUUUAUGAUGGUUGGGGGCAUUUGCAUGAUGCAUUCACAUCAAUGUUUACAUUUACUAUGUUACCUUCCAUUGUUUGUGCAUUAUUUCAGAUUUAAGUUCAUACAGUGCAAUUUGAUAAUUUGUUUUCUAUUUUGGGUGAGGAAAGCUCAAAAUUACUUUUAAUAGAAGCUAGCUAAUGGAAAAAGAAAGUGACGUCUUUGCAACAGUCAAAGCACAAAAUGAACACGGUGCUUUCUUUGCCAUUAAAUGUGCUUCUUAUCAAACAUGGUGAUUGCUUUAGAUUUUUCUGACAUUUUUAGAUCAGAAAUGUGUAAAGUACUUCUAGAUAGAGGCCAAGUGUCUAUUUGCAUUGGCCGAAUUAUUUUUUACUUUUAGAUAGUGUAGAAAGCUUUUGCAUGAUUGUUAUAAAUCAUUGUUGGCCACACAAAAGCUUUUAAUAUAUUGAUAUUCUCAUUUGGGUGACAAGUGCUAACUAUGUUUCUCAUUGUAUGAUUGAAUUAUUGGCUUUGAUAAUCUCUCUUGGAAUGCCACCUGUUGUAUAAAUGAGAUAAUUAAUGUUACAAGGAACAAAAUUAUGUAAAGAAGUAGCAUACUAACUGCAUUAUUAAAGUAUUAUGAAAAUAAUCCUGUAGUUCAAAUUUUAGUGUGUAAAGGAAAUACUGCUACUUGCUUGGCUCUGAAAUCCAUAAAUCAAUACUUGCAUGGUUUACCAGCCACACUGAUGGAUACAACUGCAAUCGCACGUUUUUCAUAACAUUAAGGUUGCAGUUAAAAUAUUCUGUUUUAAGAAUGUUGAAAGAGUCAUGUCCAUCAUAAUUUAUCAAUUAAAAUUGAAAAGCGAUGUGUAUGUUGGCACAGGAUAGAAAGAAGAAUUCAGCUGUGAAAUGUUCAAUUUCAGCAUAAAUAUUUAUUUCUCUCAAAUAAGUGAAAUGCAACACCAUAUUGUUUUAAGGGACAAUGCAUGCAGCUCCUAAUCUUCUAUAUGAUUCUGAACUACUUCAGCUGUGUUUUAAAAAAAAUCUUAUAUAACUUUGGUUUCUACCAACUUAUUUCCAAGGCAUCUAUAAAUUCUAACAUAAAAGAUGAUCAACAAGUUGUGGAAAGUAUUGGUAAUAUAUGAUAAGUGGAUAAUAUGGCAAAUUGGGUGUGGAGUCCAAUAAAAUGAACUGUGAAUAAUUUGAAACCAACAUUCAUUCCUAAAAUUUGGAUUGGACUUUACCAUUACAUACACCUGCCAAAUUGUCCCAUUUUUGACUAAUACUUACAGUUAAGUCUAUACUUCCAUGAUCACGUCUAUUUAUGUUUGGUGUUUGAGGUAGCAUGGUAUCUCUGAGUGUGCUUCAGUGGAAACGGAUUCUAUGUUCACAAUUCUAUCAAGAUUGAAAUUUGAACAAGUCUUUAACUCGAUUAAUAUUAAUGCAUCUGGCAAGGUAUGGUUUACAGUUGUGAGAAUUGCAACAUUCUUCAAAGUAGUGAUUGAGUGCAAAUUACAGUUAAUAAUAUUUGAUUUCUCUAAGUUACUUUAAAUAUUGGUCAGUAGUAUUUCUCAAUUUGCGUCCCUAGCUAUGAUUUCAGCUGCUUAGCAUUUGUACAUGUCUAUCCCCUCCUGCCUUCGAAGCUAGAAUCUGUAUUAAUAGAAAUUAUACUUCAUAUUAGAAAUUGUACUCCAUAACUUAUACCCAUCUUUACUGUUGUAAAGCUUAGCAUGUUUGUCUUCAAAGCAGUUAUUAUGGUGUGACUAUUUACAAAUACUGCAGAGGUGUACAUUAUCUAAAGCUAGCAACCAGUCUGUUUAAAUAUUUGUCUAGAAAAGUGAUUCAAUCACUAAUAGCUGAUUGUACAUACUUACAUUUUCCUUACCUUUUAAUCUUACAACCACUAUGCAUGAAAAAGCAGUUUUGGGAUCUUAGCAAAAGAUUUAAACUGUCUAUAUAUACUCAGGAAAUAUGUAUUCAAUAGCAUGAAUGAAGAUUUAACAUCUUGCU